GACUUUUCUCACUAGAGUCCCUGUGUUCCCAUAAUUUUGCACGGGCGAGACCAGUAGUAAAGCUAAAGGCGCAAGGAUUCCUCCGGGAAAAACCCUACCACCCGAAUCCACGCCGCCGCCGCCGUCGCCGCCGCGCUCUCCUCCGGCGAGAGCUCAGGGGGAUUCGAUCGCGACCGGCGGAGGAGGUGAGGUGAGGUGAGGCUUGGCGGGCGGCAACCAUGGCGGACGAGGAGCACGCGGAGAAGCGGGAGGAGGUCUCCGAGCUUACUCCUUUUGACCCAACCAAGAAGAAGAAAAAGAAGAAGGUUGUUAUCCAAGAUCCUUCUGAUGAGGUGGACAAGCUGGCAGAGAAGACAGAAAACCUGACAGUCACAGAGCCUGGUGAGCUCAACUUCACUGGGAUGAAAAAGAAGAAGAAGAAACCUGUGGAUCUUGAUUUGUCUAUUAAUGACAUUGGUGAUGGGGAGGACAUUUUAGAUGACCAAGUUGUAGAGGAGGAAGAAGGGGAAGGAAUUGUGCUUGGAGGUGCCCCUAGGUACCCGUGGGAGGGAACUGAUAGGGACUACAAUUAUGAUGAGCUUCUGGGCAGAGUGUUCAAUAUUCUGCGUGAAAACAAUCCAGAUCUUGCUGGAGACAGACGCAGAACUGUCAUGAGGCCGCCACAGGUUCUUCGAGAGGGCACGAAGAAGACAGUUUUUGUGAAUUUUAUGGACUUGUGCAAAACGAUGCAUAGGCAACCUGAGCAUGUGAUGAUGUUUUUGCUUGCUGAAAUGGGGACAAGUGGAUCACUUGAUGGGCAGCAAAGGUUGGUGAUCAAAGGAAGAUUUGCUCCGAAAAACUUCGAAGCAAUCCUGCGGAGAUAUAUCAAUGAGUACGUCAUUUGCAAUGGUUGCAAAAGCCCUGAUACCAUUCUAUCCAAGGAAAAUCGUCUGUUCUUCCUUCGCUGCGAACAGUGUGGAUCGUCGAGGUCUGUUGCUCCAAUCAAGGCUGGAUUUGUCGCACAAGUUGGUCGGCGGAAGGCCUGAACAUAAGUCGAAGCUUUGGAUUUGUCUAUUCAGUGAGCUGCUAUAUUGUGUGAGAAAUGAUUUUGCUCUAUCUUGUACUCUUGUGUGGCCAGUUUUGGACCUAGUUUUGGUCAUGUAAAUGCCGAUGGCAUUUAGUCUAUCAUAGGGUGAUUUUGACCGCGAAUGCAACAACACGACCAAGCAAACUAGGUUGUGUGUUGUGAACUUGUGAUUGAAAUUGGGUAUCAGUUUCAGGGUCUGAGCAAAUGGAUCA